GGAAGUAUUUUCGGAUAUCAGAUAUGUGUGGGCAAAUGCAUAUCAUAACAAAAGACAAAAUAAGAAAAAUGACAAAAAAGAAAUUAAAUGGUACUUUUUUAAACAAAAAUGGUACUUUUUUUAACUGAAUGGUACUUUUUUUUACAGAAUGGUACUUUUUUAACAUAAAUGGUACUUCCUUUUUUGUCUUUUAGCUAUUUGUCUUUUAGCUGAUAUGUGUGUUGCCACACAUAUCUGAUAUCCGAAAAAACAACCUCCCGUAAUUACUGCCGGGCACUUUGACUAAUCGAAAAAUGUACUCCAUAGUUGUGCAUUUAUUCCAAAAAGGAUCUUCGGGGUACCAUAUAUAGCAAAUAUAGGUUGUGAAUACAGAGUAAUUCAUGGAAUACUCACAAGAGUCACAACCUAUCUCACCUUUUGCCUAAAUAAUAAGUAACCCGGCCGCCUUAGCGAGAGACUGAGAGUCAGAAAAAUGGCUGGUACAAAAAAGGAAGAAGAUAAAGAUCGGUUGAGCUCACUUCCAGAUGCUAUGCUCACCGAAAUUAUCUCUCUCCUCCAAAUGGAUUCCGCCGCCAGAACCUCCGUGUUAUCUCACCGGUGGCGCUACCUUUGGACCGGAGUCAACCGCUUCGAAUUAGAGUAUAAUCGGGACUACCAAAAAAUUUCAAUUGUCGUCGGUGACAUUUUAGAACAGUUGACCACUUCCAAGCUCCGGGUUUUUAAGCUUCAGUUAGGGACGCUGGAAUACUUUUGUGAACCUGGAUUAGCAGAAUCAUGCUUCCAUGAAGUUUGCCGUCGAAAUGUGGAGAAAUUAAUUAUUGGUAGCGGAACAUACGAGGAUGUAUUUCUUGUAGUACCUGCCAUUGUGUUCAAAACUCAAUCUCUGGUAAGUUUGGAAUUAGACGGUGAUCUUAUGUUUGAGUUGAAUUUUGAAAUUCAACUUCCUAAUUUAAAGAACCUUAGUUUGUCUAAUCUUUCGAAAGUCUAUCCUUGGUUGGAAACCCUAUUUAGGUCUUGCCCUUUGUUGGAAGAUUUAGAUUUGUUCUUCGAUUUAUCUGGAAAUAGUUCUUGUCUAAACAUAUUUACUCCCAAUUUGAAGUGGUUGAAGAUACAGAUGCACUGCUACAAUCAAACACAACGGACCAAAAUCUUCAUUGAUGCACCUAAAUUAGCUUACCUAUCUAUAGAUGAUUGCAUUUCGUGCUAUUAUUUUGUCCAAAAUCCAACCAAAUUACUCGAUGCAUAUCUUGAUUUGACAUCGGAGUUGAGUUUUGGAGAGGAUCCACUUUCGAUGGGCGGACGGGAAGAUUAUCUACAUCAGAUGUCGAAGCUUGUAGGAGGAAUGUGUAACAUUAGGCAGCUUUACUUACGGGUAGAAAGAGAAACUAAUAUAUACAGGUACCUUAAUCCUGGGAAUCAGCCAAUCUUUGCUAAUCUAACUGGAUUUCGGACAGGAUUGGAUGAUAUUGGUAUCAUUGGCUGGAAGAAUUUGUUACUUUGUAUGAAAAACUUUCCCAACUUAAAACAGCUAGAAGUGACCCUAAAAAUGGGAAACGAUGUUCCAAUGGUGAACAUGGAAUGGUGUGCACCAGAUUUAGUGCCAGAUUGUUUAGUAAGGAAGCUCGAGAUAAUUGAAAUAAGGGGAAUUAACAUGACUGAUGAUGAGCUCAAGUUGCUAUCUUAUCUUCUGAGUAAUGCACUUGUUUUGAAAGAGCUACGAUUAUAUCUUCCGCACGUGUGGUCAUUCGGAAAUUCUCAACCACGUAACGGAAGUAGUUUCUGUCGCUCUUUAUCUAGGCUUCCAAGGGGCUCUUCAACUUGUGAGAUUAUGUUUCAAGGUAGGUGUGUUGAACCUGAUCGCAAAUAUGAUGGUGCAGGGGUGUGCACAGUGCUCUUGGUGCACUGGUGUUCAAACGACAUGCAAUAAAUAUAAAACGCGGAUAUCUUGUUGAAUUCGGAGAAGAAAAGAACAAACGUUGUUUUUUUGAUAAAAAAAGAACAAACGUUGUUCUUUUGUUAAAAAAAAGAACAAUGACUGCUCUGUCCCUUUUUUUUCGUUCUUUUGUUUUUCACUCCAUUUUUCUGGUAUAUAUACCUUCUUUUUUAUAAUUUUCGAAUCAGAAUUUGUGAAGAGGAGAGAGAAAAACUAUGGAAAGGAGAGAGAAACUGUGAAGAGGAGAGAGAAAGUAAUGGAAAAUUCUCAAAUAUAGGUUGAUUUUUCUACUUCAAUAUCAAAUCUAUUGAUUCUUCUUCUUCAAAUUUGAAUUCCUCUGCUGAUAAUCCGAUUUGUGAAGGUAAUUUUUCAAUUUUUUAAAACGAAUUACUUAUUUAUGAUGAUUUUGAUUUCCAUGUUCAUUAUUUUCAUCAUUUCAAUUUAUUUUGAUUUUUUUGAUCAUUUCGAUUUCUGCAUUUCUCAAUAACCUUGAUUAAUGUAUUUUGAUUCUAUAUAUUGAUAAUUUUGAUGAUUAAUGUAUCUUGAUUAUAUAUUUAUGACGAUUUUGA